UCACACAGUGGCGCGCUGUAAAUGUCCACUUUAUGGUAGUUGCUGUAAAUUGGCUGCAGUUUUAAAAAGUUGCCUGAUUCGUGACUUAUCGCUGGUUUGAAUCAAUAAACAGGCAACAGAAGGCAGUGAAAUGUGGAUACUGACACCCCUGGAGCCUGGAGGUGAGACCCACUAUCUCCUCUCCAGUAAGGAGUACGUGGUGGGGCGCAAGAACUGUGACAUCCUCCUCCACAAUGACCAGUCCAUCAGCAGGGCUCACGCUCACCUCACUGCUACUGACCAGGCUCUGACUCUAAAGGAUUCUUCCAAAUACGGUUCAUUUGUCAACGACCAGCGCGUGGCAGAGAACACAUCGGUGAACCUGAGGUCAGGGGACAAUGUUACAUUUGGGGUUUUUCAAAGCAAAUUCAGCGUGCACCAUCAGAAGCCAGUGGUGUGUUCCUCGUGUUUGGACAAUGAUGGCAAGGCGUCGCUCUCUCAGGCUGUGUUGGCUUUGGGUGGAAAGCUGGUCAACAGCUGGACUGAGGACUGCACCCACCUGGUCAUGCCCACCACUAAAGUCACCAUCAAGACUAUUUCUGCCCUGCUGUGUUGUCGUCCCAUCGUGAAGCCAGAGUUCUUCUCAGAGCUCAGCAAAGCCGCUCAGCAGAAAUUACCCCCUCCCAAAGCUGAGAGUUUCAUCCCUGAGAUCGAUGAGCCCAGCCUGAGUAAAGAGGAUGUUAACAUUGGAGUGAUUCCACUUCGCAAACAGCUUUUCACCGGAAAGACCUUCAUAUUCCUCAGUGCCAAACAACUGAAGCGGCUGAGUGCAGCAGUGGGUUUUGGAGGUGGCAGGAGCCAGCUGCUGCAGGAGGGCUCGCUGCCCCGGGGCCUGCUAGAGUCUGCACAGAGCUGUGUGGUCGAUGUUACGACAGGCAGCUCCCAAACUCUGCUUUCUUCCUCUACCACGGAGUGGGCAAACUCUGUAAAUAACAUUGUUCAAAGGAAAGGCCUCAGAGUCAUCACAGAGUCUGAAAUCGGUUUGGCUGCCAUCUAUGCUUCUUGUGACAAGUAUUGCAAUCCGUCCAGUGUGGCGCUAGACUCAGAGUCAGCACCAAAAGUGGAACCCAGAAUCCCGAGUGCUUCGCUGUCACAGAGCGUUGCGGUGAAUGAGACUGUGUUACCGGCAGCAUCUCAGAACAUCACGGCUUACGCAGCAAACACAGAGCCAUCACAGGGGAAAGAGCUGAGAGAAGUCACAGGGGUGGUGGCGGUGGGGGAGACUCCUGAGAAAAAGCAAAACCAGAGCGGCAGUCAGCUACGUGGAUCCAAACCCGAAGCUCAGAAGAUGCCCACUCAGUGCGUUGUGGCUGACACAAUGAGCUCAUCGUUCAACGCUACCAAGAACACGGACUCACCGUGGAAAAAGCCCGAGACAAAACCAACAGUUUCAGGUGCAGGCAGUAGUGGCAUCAGGUCCCAGCCAUCUGCUCCCUGGACCAAUGGUGGCAAGAAGACAUUCGUACAGAGGCAGUCUCCUCAGAAACAGAAAAACUCUGCACAAGCUUCCCCACAGAAACAAUCAACUCUGACCAACUUCUUUCAAACAGUCAAUAAGAAGAGGCCUUUGGAGGACGAGCUCUGUGCUGUCACGUCAGAGUCAAAACGGCCUGUACUGGAAUCAUCCGUCGGCAUACAGGCACCAAACACUUCAGCCACAUCUGAAGAAACAUACUCACGUUCAGACAGAGCCCCUGCAACAACAUCCCAGACUGCACUGGGGUCAGCAGCUGACCUUUUUGUUGGACGGUCAGAGGUCUCCCAAGCUGUCCCGGAGCAGCCACGGAGUAGAAAGAGGAAGGAGUUGGAAGAAGACAUACACAUGGAUGAACUGGAGUCUAUUAUGUCUCUGGAUAUGGACUUCGGCGAUGAGCAGCCCUCAGGCAAUCAGGGCCAGAAAGCGCCGCUAACAGUGCACAGUACAACCAAACAGAAACAAAGUUCAAAUACUGCGGAGGCUUCGUCUUUGAGCAAGAGGCAGCGGGUCCUCGUAGAGGAAACAGGAAAGAACCAGAGGUCGCAGGUGGGCCUGGAAAAAGAGUCAGAUUCCCAUAAGCACCAAAAAACUCCACCACAUAUUGUCUCCAUCAAGAAAGAGAAGGUUGAUCCUUUAGAGCACAGGAAAACUAAUCAGGAGUCCAGCAAACCUCAGGAAGUGUCAUCCGCCAGUACAAGUAAAAACCUCCAGGCCUUUGAUGAUGAUGAGGCGUCUUUCAUUGAGGAUUUAGCGCUACUUGAAGGAGAUAUUACCGAGCCUAAAGAAGAGACUAAGACCCCUCUGAAACCGGUUACAGUCAAACAGGAGGUCCAAGAGUCGAAGAUUGAUGAAGACCUUCCUAAAAAGCUGGUGCUAGUGGAGUUUAGAUCUCUGACUGUGUCUGCACCUCCCAAAACCAAACCACAGAUGAUGCAGAGCAACGGCUACGCAAAGAACUUCAAAUGUUUCCGCAAGGUCUGCGUGUCAAAUGCAGAGGGCCGAGCCCACAUCAUCAGAGGGUCUGAUCUGCUGGUUCACAACCGGGGCAAAAACUCUGAUCUGGAUGAAUGGCUGAAAGAUGCAGCAGAGGAGGAGCGUCAGAACAGACGGGAUGAGAGCGCUGGAGAUGACCUCUUCAGGUACAACCCCACCAAACUAACCAGGAGAAGAUGAAAUGCCUUCAUCUCAACGUCCUACAGAGGGAAAUCAUUUCAGAGGCACAGGAAGUAUGUCAGACUUCAUCAACACCGUAUAAAAAGGACUCCAGAAAUAAUAAUUUGAAAGAUAAAUCCUGAUAUCUGUGUGUCAAAUGUAACUGUGUGAUAGCUGCUUAUAUAAUCAGAAAUGUUUGUCAGUGUUUUGUUUUGCUGUUCUUCCUGUUCUAUCUAUAAAUGUCACUAAUGAAGCCACUGACAGCGAACAAUGUAACAAAACAGUCACAUGUUCAGAGAUUUUUUCUCAAAGUUUUAUUUGUCAAUAAUAAAAAAAUGCGGCAUACAAAACAUUAAAAACUCUUCAAUUGUACAAGAGAGCGUUAAAACUCUACAUGCUGAAAGCAGCUUUUCCUUCGCUUUGAAGUUAAGACCAAAUGUGUUCCCUGGUUUUAUCUGAACAAGAAACUCAAGAGGGAUUCAAGUUGCCAUUUCUUAAACGAUCUCCGUCGAGCCUUCAGGCACUUUUACAGAUCUGAAACUGUACAGAUAAGUAGUCGUCAUGCCAAAACGUUUACAGGCCUUUCUGUGCAGAUAGUCGAUGCCCACCUGUCACUUCAUAUCCAAGGCCAGUGCCAGCAUUCAGCAGUUGUGCGGUAACAAAAAAUUUUUUUUUAAGAGCAGCAGAGUGCCAAAAGGAAGAAGGAAACUGGCCCUUAUACAUCAUUCUGUUCUCUAAAUUACAAUGGGAUUAUUUUGCUUAUUACUUUGGGAUUAAAGCAAAUUUUCUACCAAAUACUUGCGAGUUGCUUUCAAACAUCCGUACGAAUCUAUGCUAAAAUGUGAAGCAUAUGGAUGGACACACAAUAAACCUGUUGGUGCUUCAUCAAGCAUACAGAUUGCACUUGGAGUUGAAGCAACCUGGGUCAUAUUUUUAUCCUUUGAAGGUCCACUGUGUAAGAUUUAGGGGGGUUUACUGGAAUCUAGUGGUGAGGAUUGCAACCAUCUGAAACUUUUCCCAGUUUGAAUUCCUUCAGUGUUCAGGAGGUUUUUACCAGGAGCUGAAUCAUCCGCAGAGGUCUCUUCCUCUAAAACAAACCGACCAGGUGAUUAAAAGCAGAAAAUAAAACACGGAAUAAAGCAUUUUCACGUUAUAAAAAGUGUUUGGCACUUUGCAGACGGGCAGCUAGACCAGCACCUGCUAAUUUGUGCUCACCUUUUUCCUUUGAUAACUUAAGAUCCAGACAUUUUGGAGGCUUUUACCAUGAGCCGAAUUAGAGGUCUCCUUCUCUCUAAAACAAAUGCACCAGGUGAUUUUAAGCCGGUAAAAACACAGAAUGAAACAGUUUAACAUUAAAAAAAUCAAUGUUUUUCAGAUGCUGCUUGUCACAAAGGGGCUUCCAACUAUAAAGGCCAACGCGAAAAUACGAAUGGCCCAUCAAGAGCAAGUGUUUUAUUUGUCCUUUUAGGGCCACUGUAGAAAAACAUGGCAGUGCAGCAUGGAGAUCUCCAUGGACGAGGACCAUGAUUCUUAUUUUCAGGUGAUUAUACACGAAGAAAAAUAUUUUAUAUUCAAUUUCCACCAGUACAUCCCCCUAAAUCCUACACACUGGACCUUUAACUAAAUUCAAAACAAUAAUAAGAGUUAUCUCCACUUUUGAGUCACCCAGUCUGCAGUCCUUACACGUACUCUUUCCUGUCUUCUGCUCACAGCAGCUGCUGCAAGGCAAUGGUUCAUGCCUGCAUGCAUAUAUUUAAUAUUCAUAUCAAAACAAUAUUCAGAAGUCAGUGAAAAAAGCAUCAAGGAAUAAUUCAGCAGAAAUUCAAUUUUCAACACAAGUAACAACAUUUCCACUAGUUACUGUUAUGUGAUUACCAAAACUUAUACAGUAAUGUGUUAAACUACUAACUUUGUUAGUGGAAAAAGUAAUGUGACUACAGUAACAUGUUAUUUUAGUAAUGCAUUGCCCCCAACACUGACUCUGACUACCAUAUUGUAUAGAAGGGGGGGGGGGGGGGGGGGGGG